AUGAACAAUUAUGCAGACUUUCAAGGUCCUGUCGCAGAAUGGGAGGAAUUCGUCCAAAGCGCGGGCAUUCCGCCACCACCAGCAUUGCACCUCCCAGUUCUAGAGAUGCGCUCUCAAGUUAACGCUGGACGCACGGCGACCGCGCAAGCUCAGGUCAAAGCUCAAGGUCUCCUCGAGAAAGUCAUGUGGCAGGACUAUUCGAUCCUGACGCAGGACUCGCAGAACAUCAUCGCCCGAGUGUAUAAACCCAAGCCCAAACCCAAACCCGAGGCGGAGACCUCGUCGCUGGACACUUCACACGUGACUGCACCACUCCCAGUGUACCUCUACUUCCACGGCGGUGGACACCUGUACGGCAACGUCGACGGCGAGGACGCCAGCUGCUCGCGCAUCGUGGCCGAGUCACCCGCGCCUGGCGUCAUAGUGGUCAACGUCAAUUAUCGGCACACGCCCGAAUUCGUCUGGCCGACUCAGCUCAACGAUGCAUGGGAUUCGUUCGUUUGGCUCUCGCAGCACAUGUCCACGAUCGGCGGCGAUCCCAGCCGAGUCGUGAUCGGUGGCAUCUCUGCGGGCGGCGGUCUCGCGGCGUCCGUCGUGCAGCGUCACCAUCACCAUCGCCAUCAGGUGCUCCAGGCUGCUGCCGCCGGACAUCCGACGACAUUUGCAGCAAAUAUCACGGUCAGAGGUCAGGUUCUAGGCAGUCCGUGGCUGUUGCAUCCCCUGGCGAAUCCGAAUCCGCUUUCAAGUCAACAACCGCUGUCGAGUUUCAACCAGAAUCAAGACGCGCCUGUGCUGCCCUGGUCGAUUCUGAAAGUGUUCGCGGACCUGCUGGGUCCCGCGGCGGUGAGCGAUCCGUCUUUCAACGUCGCACUGGCCACGGACGAGUACCUAAGGGGUCUGCCCAAGACGAGCAGCCUGAUUGCAGGGCAGGAUCUCCUGCGGGACGAGGGCUUGUACUAUGCUGAGAGAUUGAAGGCGAAUGGGUAA